UUCAAAGGUUCGUUGACAGAUUCGUGUCUGCUAACUCCGUCUGAACGUACGUGUGUGCGAGCCGACGGCGUUUACAUAAUUUACCGCUAUUGAUGGGGCUGUAUAUUAUAAUGCGAUAUCUACGGCGGGUGUGUUCUCCGCUCACUGUUGUCGUGCUCGUGCUCGUGCUUCCGUUGUUGGCGUUGAUUAUAAUCAAGACGAGCAACCAUGCUGGGCAAAUGUUACAACAGCGCUACAGUAGUGAGCUUGAAGACGGCGUUCACAAGCUGGCGAAUGCAGUGAAGUUCAGCGAGGGCCAACACUCCGAGAAAAUAAAGGGUGACUGGUUCAUUAAUCAGCGGACUUCGUACAAGACCGGUGACACGGAAGCUGCCAUACUUAGACAAGGUAAAGGAGAUACGGGCAACUACGCAGAAAGAGCCCGUUCAGAAAUUGAACCAAAAGAUCGCCUUCAAGUACCAGGUUUAGAACAGUUUCACGAGCAGUUGCCGGUGGUAAAUAUUUUGGAAAACCAAAUACCAAUAACACACAACGAUGACAGCCAAUUACCGACGAUAAACAAGCCAUUGACGGAGCCAAACUCCUUUGGUGCCCAAUUUCCAGUGGUUAACAAUUUCGACAAGCGAUUACCAGAAGUGAAUACGCUUGACAACCAGCCCGAAGUGAACAGUUUUGACCGCAGAUUACCAGAGUUAACCCAAGCUGACACAUCUUCAACACAAAUAGAACAUGUUGAAAAUCCGCUACCAAUGGUUAACAAUUUUAACAGCCCAUCACCAGAAAUGAACAGGCUUGACAACCGGUUGCCCGAGGCAAACAGAUUUGAACAAAAUUUACCAGACUUAACACAACCUGACACAUCUUCAACACAGAUAGAACAUGUUGAAAAUCCGCUACCAAUGGUUAACAAUCUUAAUAACGAACGAUUACUAGGGUUAACCAAAUUUGGCAAACCUUUAACAGAGUUAGAAAAUGUUAACAAUCAAAUACGAGUGGUCAACAAUUUUGACAACAAUUCACCAGCAGUGAACACGCUUGACAAUACGUUAUCGGAUGUAGACAAAUAUGGCCAACAAUUAAAGUUAAACCAGUUUGACAAACCUUUAACCCAGAUCGAAAAUAAAUUACCAGUCGUCAACAGUAUUGAAAAUCGUUUACCAGAAGUGAAUAGUUUUGCCCAACAAUCACCUGUGCUAGACAGAUUUGACCAGUCAUUACCAGAAAAACAACGCCUUGGCACACCUCCAACAGACGCGAGUACUAUUACCAAACCGUUACCAGCAGCCGCUGAUUUAGACCAACGAUUACCAGAAGUGAACAGCUUUGACCAAAGAUCGCCAGAGCUUGACCAGCCUGACCAACGAUCAGCAGAGCUAGACCGUUUUAACCAAGCGUUAUCACAUGCCCAACAGAUGGACCAAGGCAUUCACACGCAAACAGAAGCGAGCACAUUACAUGCCCAUGCACCUGCUGACGAGAAAACAUACACGAGCAAUCAAAAAUACAUUGCCCCCUUCCAUUCGUACAUUGAUUCCGGACCAGACUGGGCAUUCUCAAUGUUCCGUAUAGAAUUACGACUGGCUCUUUUGCAACAACGUGCUCUUGUUUCGGUUCCGUUUCGUGUGUAUUCCAGAACGGAAGAUAAACUAAAUAUGUUUGCCAUGAAAACACUGAAAGAGACAUUCGAUGUGAAGAAACUACAGGAAAUUGUUUCCAUUGUGUCGUUGGAUGACUUCUACGGCGAUUGUCAAAAUGAAUUUCAACCGGACCCGGUCCUACUAUGGAAGCCGUACUACUUCGUUCAAGACAAAAAUCUCAGCGGUUACGACCGAUAUAUCGCAAUGAAGAAAGCAUUUCGUGAUAUCAACGCUCGUUAUCCUGUAACUAAAAGCGCUAAAGAAUCAUCGUCUCUUGAAGACAGUCAGAAUUUUCUCAGCUCGAUCUCUGAUAAAAGAUGCUUAGCUUUGUAUUUGGAUCAAGACAUUCAAUGGAUGAAGACAGCCGAAGAUAGUAAACUCAACUCUCUGAUAAACCAGCAUCUUUCUUUCGCUCCUUAUAUUCGUGAAUUGGUUGACUCGGUGUUUGAAAAAAUAUGCGAUGGAAAGCCUUUUGUGGCUGUGCAUUGGAGAAACCAAACAGGGGAAAGAUGCGCCCCUGGGUUGUAUUAUAACGUUGCUCACUGUAAUGCUAGAGAAUACCCAGCCAUAUUCACCCUGGCUAAGAUCGCACCUCGUAUAGUAGAGAGCCUGGCACAGUACAUUAGUAACCGCGAAUAUAAAUGUAUAUUUAUAGCUUACCCACCGUAUUCACAUCGAUUCGUAGACCAUGUUGGAAAGCUCGUUCAAAAAGUAUACAGUGUUGAAUACAUUAUAAGUGCUUCACCACGAAUAGCACAACACAUACACGACAGUUACAUGAUGUCUAUGAUCCAACAAGAAAUAGCCGUUAGAGCCGACAUUUUUAUUGGAUGGAGCCAGUCCAGCUGGUCAUCGACCGUCUACAACAUGCGUGAACCGAAAGGGGGAGAAAACGUGCAUUUUUCAGACAUUCCCAAUAUGCCAACCCAAAUAGAGACAGUUUGGUGA